GGCGACGUCAAGUGCUCCCGGCGACGUCUUCCUCAGUGUGAGGAGAAGCCGAGGAAGGAGGAAGUGCUGCUUCUCGCCGCUCCUCCUCUUCUGCGUUUGGGGCUGCCGUUGCAGUCGAGGCCGCCAUGGCAAUGGACACGAGCGGGAAGGAGAAAGAAGCCCUUCAGCUCCUGGCUGAGGCGGACAAGAAAGUGCGCGGCUCCCACGGCUUCUUCUCGGGACUCUUCGGGGGCGGCUCCUCCAGGGUUGAAGAAGCAUGUGAUAUCUAUGCAAGAGCAGCCAAUAUGUUUAAAAUGGCAAAGAACUGGAGUGCUGCUGGGAAUGCUUUCUGCCAGGCUGCUCAGUUGCACCUCCAGUUGCAGAACAAACAUGAUGCAGCCAUGAGCUUUGUGGAUGCAGGCAAUGCCUUCAAGAAAGCAGAUCCUCAAGAGGCCAUUAACUGUCUCCUCAGAUCUAUUGAGAUCUACACAGACAUGGGCCGUUUCACUAUCGCAGCCAAACACCACAUAACAAUAGCAGAGAUCUACGAAACAGAGCUGGUAGACAUUGAAAAGGCAAUAGCUCAUUAUGAACAAGCUGCAGAUUACUAUAAAGGUGAAGAAUCUAAUAGCUCUGCUAACAAGUGUUUGCUGAAAGUGGCUACCUACGCAGCUCAGCUGGAGCAGUACCAGAAGGCCAUUGAGAUCUAUGAGCAGGUGGGCACCAGUGCCAUGGACAGUCCCCUGCUGAAGUACAGUGCAAAGGAGUACUUUUUCAAAGCGGCCCUCUGCCAUUUCUGCAUCGACAUGCUCAACGCUAAGUUGGCUGUACAGAAAUAUGAAGAAAUGUUCCCGGCUUUCUCAGACUCCAGAGAGUGCAAACUGGUUAAAAAAUUGCUGGAUGCUCAUGAGGAACAGAACAUUGAUAGCUACACUGAAUCAGUGAAGGAGUAUGAUUCUAUCUCUCGCCUCGACCAGUGGCUCACUACCAUGCUCCUGCGCAUCAAGAAGACCAUACAGGGUGAAGAGGAGGACCUGCGCUAAGCCCUGCCCGAACCCGCCCUCUGCCCCUCAUCGGCAGAAUCCUGCAUGGAUCCGCUCUGGUGGGGAGGAGAGGGGCCUCGCCCCAAAGGAACUGGACUUGAAUGGCAAAAUUGUUUAUUAUCGCUACCUUUCUCAUAACCCCUCUCCCUGCCACCACAUCUUUGUACCGCAGAAGACAGGGCAGGGGAGUGUCAGUUGUGGACUAGCUCUGACCGGAGAGAGAUGAAGGCUGUAACAUGAAGUUUCUCUAUUUUCGUUGCCUCAUUUUCCCCUUCUCAGAUCAGCGUGUAUCGCUUUGUGAGCCGGUGUUUACAUCCUUCUAAUAACUUAACACUUGUAUGGCUUUAGCAGGUUCAGAUGAUAGCACCAGCUUCUCCAUCACCACCACAGUCCUGUUGAGAUGGGACAAGACUUCUUUGUUGUAGGUCCCUGGCCACAUUCCUUUUCCUCUGUCUACAUCUCUCAGAAUUGUCCCGAUCUGUCUCCCGCAGUCAAAAAUAGCAGAACUGGGUCAUGAGGUCAUCCCGUUUUCCUGAAUGUGUCAGAUAUCUGUCCUGCAAAAGAGGAGCAUUGCUUUCCCUUCUAAAGAGCCUGUCAGAGCUGGUUCUUUCACGGAGGCUGGCUCCCCGCUGCCCUUUCAAGUUCUUGCAUCGAUCCGAGAACUCCCCGACAUUCUUGCUCGGUACUUGGCCUAUGUGCAAUAUCUGCUUCUCUUCCUGACUUCCAAGAAGCUUUCCUUGCACCUCAGAAGUGUACCAUUUUCAGAUUAGGUAGGAAGAUGUCACCCAGCUCUUUCCCUGGAGUCACUCAUCCCCAUACAAUAUAUGUGAAUAUGGGGCUCAUAAUGUAUACCUAUUGCCAGCCACUAGAGGAUGCUGGAUGUUCGUUCUCCCGCUUGCCUGUCUGUGGCGAGAGGCAGACUAAUCUAGAACCAUGCAGCAGGUAGCCAAAAACCUAUUUAAUGCUAGUAACUCUGUCCCGUGUGCCGGCCGUCUUAACUAACCACCAUCUUGUCUUGCAUGGUUCACUUUCAGACUUAGUUUGGGGAUAGCAUUUCUUCCGCCAAUUGUUCCAUGUUCUGUACACAUUGUCACGAAGCUUUGCAGGAUUAUUUUCCCUUCCUUGUGUUGGCAUAAAAAAUAAUAAUCUUUAUCAUGUAGCCUGAGCACGAGUUGGAACUUCAAGAAGGGCGUUGUCAUGUUAAAUUUUUCUCAAUCACAUAAGCGAGUGGAGUUGGGGUUGGAAUUAAGAAGUGCUGCUCAAAGUGUCUCACCAGAAAGUAAUGGAAAAUAGCUUGCACUAAGCAACAGACAAUUUAAAUAAAACUUUGCAUGGGUUGGGGAGGGGAAUCUUAAUGUUCACCUAACAGUAAUCUCUUUAGCUUAAGUUCUUGUCUAAGCGACUUGCAUGUUUUUAGAUGUAUCCUCCUUGCUGUUCUCCCAACCACCAGUGUUUCAGGACUAAUCCCUCCACUUUCCCAUCAACCCUUCUAAAUUGUGGUUUUGCUUCUGAACACUGGCUGUGAUUCUGUCUAUAAACACAGUUGUAUGCUUGAAUCAG